GCUCGGGUACCAGUCGCUGAAGUCGUGGGGCAGCGGGGACACAGAGAGGGUCGCCACGUCGGGGGCCCGGCCUGGACUCGUGGAGCCGAUCCCCGAGUGCGGGGAGCUGCGGGGCAGCCCGCGUCGCCCCACCAUUACUUCCCCGGGCGGCAAGGAAGAGCUGGUGGCGGUCGCCUCCAGGCUGUGGCAGCGGCGGCGGCGGGCCUGCCUGGCGGCCGUCGGCGUGCUCCUAGCCAUGGCGCUCGGCUUGCUCAUCGCCCUGCCGCUGCUGCUGCAGGCGGCGCCCCCCGGCGCCGCGCACUACGAAAUGAUGGGCACCUGCCGCAUGAUCUGUGACCCCUACAGCGCCGCGCCCAGCGGGGGUCCCGCGGGGGCGAAGGCGCCGCCGCCCGGACCCAGCACGGCAGCCCUGGAAGUCAUGCAAGACCUGAGCGCCAACCCGCCGCCCCCUUUUAUCCAGGGACCCAAGGGCGAUCCGGGGCGACCUGGGAAGCCAGGACCUCGAGGCCCCCCUGGAGAGCCGGGCCCGCCGGGACCCAGGGGGCCCCCGGGGGAGAAGGGCGACUCGGGGAGGCCUGGGCUACCCGGGUUGCAGCUGACGGCGGGCACUGCAGGCGGUGUCGGGGUGGUCGGUGGCGGAACCGGGGGCGGCGGCGACUCGGAGGGCGAAGUGACCGGCGCGCUCAGCGCCGCCUUUAGUGGCCCCAAGAUCGCCUUCUACGUGGGUCUAAAGAGCCCCCACGAAGGUUACGAGGUGCUCAAGUUCGACGACGUGGUCACCAACCUGGGCAACCACUACGACCCCACAACCGGCAAGUUCAGUUGCCAGGUGCGCGGCAUCUACUUUUUCACCUACCACAUCCUCAUGCGCGGCGGCGACGGUACCAGCAUGUGGGCGGACCUCUGCAAGAACGGGCAGGUCCGGGCCAGCGCCAUCGCGCAGGACGCAGACCAGAACUACGACUACGCCAGCAAUAGCGUGGUGCUGCACCUUGAUUCCGGGGACGAGGUGUAUGUGAAGCUGGAUGGUGGGAAGGCGCACGGAGGCAAUAACAACAAGUACAGCACGUUCUCGGGCUUCCUGCUGUACCCUGACUAGGGCUUCAGCAAGGCGAGCAGGCGUGGCUGCAGGCUGUUCCAGACCUACCCGGGAGCGUGUGCUGGUCUUUGGCAAGGGUCGCUCCACCUGCGCCCCACUUCCUGACAACUUCGUUGGAAAAAGACACAUCCCUGCUGUCCUCCUUACUCUGCUCCCUGGCCUCAAUGUGUCUGCUACUCACCAUGCUCAGGGCUGUGCUCCUGGUCGCUGUCCCCAACUAGGGGUAGGAGGGUGAGAGAGGGGACUCCAGGAGCAUGAAGCUGAA